UUUCGUAAUCGCAAGUUCUUUGAGCAAUUUAGAAUUGAUUCUAUUAUAAUUUGAUUUUCACGAUAAUUAUUUUUAUUGAUAAUAGCUUGUAGCGAUAUUAAAUCGCGAAAACCAUCAGUACGUUCCGCGAGAUAUUCGCCUUAUCAAUCUCCCUCGUGAUAAAUCUCGUUUAAGUAAGCAUCAAAAGUGUACAGUGCGCGUCAUUGAACGAUUUAUUAGAUUCACGUGUGUGUCGUACAAUGAUCGAAAUAACGAGGGGCAAUGUUUUGCGCGACGAUCAGUACGUUUAAUGGUCAUUCGAGAUCGCGGUUUUAAGAGAUCAUCCCAUUGUACGGCGCGUCACCAUCAAAGUCACCAUUGUCGCAUCCAUUUAAUUCUGUCGAGCAUAUCGUGAUCGUCGUUUAAUUUUAGUGCAUUGCGUCAGUGCAAGACACGACGCGCUUUCUCGUUAAAAAAGGAAGUAUAGUGCUCGCGUCUAUAUAGUGAACGCUAAGACAUUUAUGACGCGUCAAAGCUCUCGACUGUUGUAUACACAGUCUUCUCAUUUAAGCUGUAUUGUAUUUCACUUACUAAUAUAUAUAUGUUGCAAGCAAUUCCGAUUUCUAGCGCUGCCAAAAUCUGCUGCGUCGAGUUUGAACAAAUUUUGAAACGGCUAAAAUUUUGAUGCCAACAGCAGUAAUAUCAACGCACGUUCUGGAAAGCAGCUUUUUAGUUGCGCUUGCUACUUUCUCCUUGGUGGUUCUCCGUACGUUCCUCUCUGUCGAAGCCUUAAUUAAUAUUCCGGUUUAUUCCUAUCGCGUGCAUCUCGUUCCAUAAGUGCAGAAAGUGCAGCAGGCACAUCUAUUCGAUACACAUAUACAACUGUGGGUGCUUUCAUCGCUCCGACAUUGAAACCGUAUCGCUGAGAGCAUGCGGCCUAUCGAGUGAUUAAGAGCUGGAGGCUCACUCUACGAACGAAAAAUCGUCGGAGUGUGAGCUUGACGCUGAAUGUGCAGGCGACCUGAACACAUUUGCAGCAUGGCGACAAUUUAGCAUGAGAAAACGCCGAAGUAGAUACGUGAGAUAAUGAGCUACGAGAUUUGCUGGGCUUUGUCGAUAUCUGUCUGCACUCAUAAAUAUAAAUCAUGAAAAUUAAUUAUACACAACUGCCUAUAAAGGCGCAUUAUUUCUUUUUUAUGGCUGCUAUGGGUCCUAUAUUGCCGUUUCUGCCAGUUUACGGCAAGCAGCUUGGUGUUUCGCCAUUAAUUAUGGGUAGCAUCACCGCGAUUCUGCCUAUUUUAUUUCUGAUUGCGAAACCAGCAUUUGGCUUUGUCGUGGACUAUUUCCGCGCCUGGAGAAAAUCGAUAUUUAUAGCGCUGCUUGCCGUAACAAGUAGCUGCUAUAUUUUUAUGUACUUUUUACCGGCUCUGCCCGGUCCACUUCUGCCAGAUCACCAGUUUCAAAAUGUUUCCUGUGCGUCUUUACCGUUUUGCGAUAUGGACAAUCAUACUUCAGCAAUGGCAUCGUGUAACGGUAGAAAAGAUACUACAUGUCAUUGGAUAUGCAAGGAUGCGAAUUUUUCUACGAGAUUAUCUUUUCACGAAUUUAAAAAGGAAGCAGAUAUUUCAUCGGAUACCACAUGCUUAUUAAAUAUUGAUGAGAUGCCAUUGUGUCAUGGAGAAACUAUAGUGAACAAUCAUAGCUGUAAUGUUACUUGCGAUAAUUUUGAAGAUAAUCGUUGUCUAUAUACAUCCAUUACCUUCUGGGGAUUCGUGCUCUUAAUGUCUCUCGGUAAUAUCGGUUUUAAUGUUUCCAAUUGCAUAAGCGACGCAAUAUGCUUUGACAUAUUAGGUGAAGGUGGACAAAUGGGGUACGGCAGACAGCGAGUAUGGGGCACAAUCGGUUUCGGUAUAGCAGCACUUUUAGCUGGGUUCACAGUAGAUUUAUGGUCGCAAGGGGAUAUCUACAAAACUUACACACCGGCGUUUCUCCUUGUGCUUGUAUUUACAUCCGUCGAUUUGAUCUGUUGCAGAAAGUUAGAGUUACCGCUCAUGUCAGGCUCGUCGAGCAUAGUGAAAGACAUAUGGACUCUUUUGAAAUUGAAACCUAUUGUUAUAUUUUUAUGUUUUGCCACCCUUGCGGGUAUCUUGGAUAGCUUUAUGAUUUACUUUUUGUUCUGGUAUUUGGAAGAUCUUGCUAUGGCGACCGGUUAUAUGAGCGAAAUUAAAUUAAUAGAAGGUCUAAUCGUAGCCGCACAGACUCUCGGUGGCGAGAUAAUAUUCUUCUCUCUAUCUGGCAAAAUACUAAAGAAAUUUGGGUACGGUUACACCUUUACAUUUUGUUUUGUAUGCUACGCGUUGCGGCUGGGACUAAUAUCUCUUGCUCCAACGCCAUGGUGGGUGUUUCCCGUGGAAUUUUUCAUGCAAGGACCAACAUAUGCGCUUUGCUAUACAACAAUAGUGGCAUACGCGAGCGCAGUAUCACCACCCGGCACAUCAGCUACUGUUCAAGGAAUUGUGGCAGGGAUGGAUGACGGUUUAGGUUUCGCGAUAGGCAGUUUAAUUGGAGGUAUUUUAUACAAGAAAGUCGGUGGUGCAACGACUUUAAAAAUAUUUUCAGUACUAGCGGCAUUUUCUGCAUUCAUGUAUUUUAUUCUUCACAUUUUGUACUUAAAACAUAAAACACCAGACACACGAAAUAAUGUUGAAUGGAGGAAACCUGACGACGCUCAAAAGCACUGCGAUGUAGCUGAAUGAUACGUAUUGCAUUUUAUACAUCAAACCCAGAUAGUACAGAGAGUUCAAAAAGAAUUCAGUCAAAUGUCAUCAAUUUCUGAAA